AUGAGUUCCAAGAAAACAAAAGGAAGGCAAAAGAUUAAGAUUAAGAAAAUUGAGAGAGAAGAGGAUAGAUUGGUCUCAUUGUCGAAGCGAAAAAAUAGUAUCUACACCAAGCUUUGUGAGCUCUCUGUUCUCUGCGACGUAAAUGUUGCGUUUCUUGGGUACACCGGCUCUGGAAAGCCAUAUACAUUUGGCAGUCCAUCAUUCCAAGCUGUUGCAGAACGGUUUCACAAUGGCGAAGCCUCAUCGUCCUUUUCUUCAUUGCAACGAUCGGCUAAUACAGACUAUAAAGCGAAUAUUCAACAGCUCUGUGAAUUCUACAACAAUAUGGUGGAAAGGGCUCGUGAUGAGGAAGCAAAAGCGACGAAGGCAGCUGUGUCCAUGGAGCCGUUGCCAGAAGAUACGUGGUGGAAAGUGCCUCUAGAAGAGGUGAAGGAUCAAGAAGAGAUGAAACAGUUGCUGGCGAAGUUUGAAGGGCUCAAUGAGAAGUUGUGUGAUGAACUUGCUGCAAGGAGCCAGAAAAAAGAUGUUGCAUAA